AUGAAAGAGUUGGCAAAUAUAAUAGAUGGAAACAUCUUUGACAACUUAGAAGUAGCAACAGAUUCUGAUACUGCAAAUCUUGAGACACCGCACCCUUCCCCCUCUUGUAGUAUCAAUCACUUGGACUACGACUGUGAUAAUGAUUUCUGCCCAUAUUAUAUACAAAAAGAAAAUUUAUCAGCGUUCGAUAUUAUACCUCAACCCUCACCAGCAUGGAUUUCUAGCUGCUCGACGUAUACAACCAUGAACAAUAGUCCGCUGUCGGAUAUUUCAAAUAAUAGUCCCACCACAAGUGACCGCUACCGUCGUCCAUCAAGGAAAGAUAAAGGUAAUGUAAGAAAAAGACAUUAUAAAGAAUGGAUAGAUAAUAAAAGAAAGUAUUUACGUAAUUUGGGAAAAGAAUAUAUUUCGAGAAAAGGUAAAAUACAAGCAAGCAGAAAGAUGGGCCCACCAUGUCGCUGCCGCAAGAAGUGCUUUGACAAAUUAAGCGAAGAACAAAGAAAGAAGAUUUUUGAGAGUUUUUGGAGCUUAGGCGAUCGAGAAAAGCAAUGGAUGUAUGUGGCUAACUUAGUAAAAAAGCAAAAUAAACGUAGAGUCUAUACAGAUACAGUUUCAAGACAGCAAAUGAGGAGUACAUUGGAACUAGAGCAAAUGAGGAGUACAUUGGAGGAGGCGAUUGUGGAAACGCGCAGUACGCCUGUCGAAAAUCGACCACGACUUCCCCGCUUAGCCCUAAGCAAGCGGAAUCGGGCUGUCGUGAGGGCUCUGAACCCAAUGCUGGUUACCUACUUGGAAGCCAGCCGGGACCUUUGCGAGACGGACUCAAUUCUUUUUGGCGCCGCACUGGCAAUCUGCCAUAUUAUAGGCGCCAAACUUUCCACGGCUGGACGCGCUACUGGACAAAGUAGUGCUAUCCCAGCCUGGAGAAUAAGAAUUGAAGAACGUAUCGCAAGGUCUAGGGCCCUCAUCGGCAAACUGAUAUGCUUCAGGUCAGGCAAUACCAGGCCAAGGAUUGUGCGCACCGUCAGGAUGGCGUUUGCUGGGACAAAUAGUGAUCAGAAGAGGCUCUACAAAUCAAUGGAGCGACCAAUAGUAAGUGGAACGGGCCCAGCACCAAAUCAGGCCGACACGGUCGCAUACUGGCGCAGCCUGUGGUCAAAGCCCGUAAACCACAACGAGGGCCCUUGGACGGAAGUUGUGGUGAGUCAGUGUGCGGGUAUUACGCCCAUGGACCCCGUCAUCAUAACGCCGGAUGACGUAGCUUAG